AGCACAGCUGCUGCUAGCCUGACUACAGACAGAGCUCUUUGUUUUGACUCUCAGCCCUGAACAUGCUUGGAAAUGAGAACAAAUGGCACAGAGUUUACGACUGCACUUCGCCUCCAGAAGAAGCAAGACUUACCCUCUGUCAGAACCCUCUGGAGAUGACUUGGAUAACAACGUUCACACACACGGCCAGAGGCCACCCCGGAUUUCAGUGGCUAGUGUGGUUCAAAUGAGGCUGACCCCCAGACAGAUGCCACUGGCUCCGUGGGUAGAGCAUAGAUCCUCUGAAAGUACUGACAAAAAGAGCAGCUGCCUGCAGAUCUCACUGCAGCCCAGGUACGGAGGGUGUCUUCCAUCUGACACUGUGGUGGCUGAUAGGGACAGUACUUCCUUUACCUGUGCUUUAAAGGAUGAUGUUUGCAGCAGCAGUGGAAUUGACAGUGAGCUGUACAAUGGCAGCCUCAGUAACUUCUCAGCCAGUGACAAUGGGUCUUACAGUAGCAAUGGCAGUGACUGUGGGUCUUGUGCAAGCCUCGCAAGUGGAGGUUCCUCUACCGGCAGUGGUGUCAGCGACAGUAGUGGUUAUGAGACCUUUUUCAGUGGAAAUUUACCUUCUGCCAACACCUCCAACAGAAGCGUGCCAGUCAACACUACUCCCAGUGAAAUUAUGUGCAGAAGUCCCAGUAGACUUCCCUUUGCCCAGGAGGACCUGGAUCAAGAGAUUAUGAAACUGCCGGUGAGUAGGAAUGCAAAGGUUCCACUGAAGCGCUGCACAUCUUUGGUCAUUUUCCCCAGGAGUCCUUCAAACACUCCACCAGCAUCCCCGACAAGCAGAGGUACCUACCAGACCUCACACCAGUUGGUUGUAUCGCCUACUGAAACUGCACAUCAUGAAGAGGGAGCUGGCACCAAAGGUUUUCUGUCAACAGCUGUCAACGGGCUUCGAUUAUCUAAAAUGGUUUGUACUCCUGGAGAAGUCAGAGAUGUACGGCCACUCCAUGCCAAGGGCUCGUUGCAAAAGAAAAUUGUCAUUUCAAAUAAUAGGCCCAAACAAACUGUGUGUGAGAAGUUGCCAGAAGGAUUUUCCUGUGUUUCGGUGCACUUGGCCCAACAAAAACCAACGACAUCAGAUUCUGCAAACACCUGUGGUGGCUGCACAUCAGAGAGGUUAGAACUUCAGCUUCAGUCUGAUAUCGACCAUGGCAUGCUCAAACAGAGGGCAUCCCCUUGCUUAUCAACCACAUCAGACAUGUGCUAUCAUUUAAAGAUCCGUGGAGAGUUGGAAAGACCAAAUUCACCGAUGAGCAAAGGCCGUGCUGCUUUGCAACGAAGUGUUUCGCUGGGUGGGACAUACCGGAAUAUUUCCUGCUUAUCCAGCCUGAAGCACAAUUGUUCAAAGGGGGGACCAUCUCAGUUGCUCAUAAAGUUUGCAUCUGGGAAUGAUGGUAAAGUUGAUAGUUUCUGGAGACAGAGAGACUUGACAAAUGAACUGUCUGGUAUCUGUAAGACAAGAGAUGAUUUCCUAGGUCAAGUGGAUGUCCCUCUCUAUCCUUUACCGACUGAAAACCCAAGAAUGGAGAGACCAUAUACAUUUAAGGAUUUUGUUCUUCAUCCAAGAAGUCACAAAUCGAGAGUUAAAGGUUAUCUGAGAUUAAAAAUGACUUAUUUACCUAAAAAUGGCUCAGAUGAUGAAAACGCGGACCAGGCUGAGGAGUUAGAGCCUGGCUGGGUUGUUUUGGACCAACCAGAUGCUGCCACUCAUUUGCAGCAUCCACCAGAACCCUCUCCCCUACCUCCAGGAUGGGAAGAGAGGCAGGAUGUCCUUGGAAGGACCUACUAUGUAAACCAUGAAUCUAGAAGAACACAGUGGAAAAGGCCCAACCCUGAGGAUGACCUCACAGAUGAAGAGAAUGAUGACAUGCAGCUGCAAGCACAGCGAGCGUUUACCACCAGGCGGCAGAUAUCGGAGGAUGUGGAUGGCCCUGACAACCGCGAGUCCCCCGAGAAUUGGGAAAUCGUACGAGAAGAUGAAAACACCGAGUAUAGUGGUCAGGCUGUCCAGUCACCUCCAUCGGGUCAUGUUGAUGUGCAGACUCACCUUGCAGAGGACUUCAAUACCAGACUUGCUGUGUGUGGAAAUCCAGCCACCAGCCAGCCAGUUACCAGCUCAAAUCAUUCCAGCAGAGGAGGCAGCUUGCAAACCUGCAUCUUUGAGGAACAGCCUACCCUUCCUGUGCUUUUGCCUACUUCAUCCGGAUUGCCACCAGGUUGGGAAGAAAAACAAGAUGACAAAGGAAGAUCAUACUACGUAGACCACAACUCUAAAACCACCACAUGGUCCAAGCCCACCAUGCAGGAUGAUCCAAGAUUGAAAAUUCCUGCUCAUCUGAGAGGGAAGACUGACUCCAAUGACCUGGGACCCUUACCUCCCGGCUGGGAAGAACGAACCCACACAGAUGGGCGAGUCUUCUUCAUAAAUCACAAUAUAAAGAAGACCCAGUGGGAAGAUCCUCGCCUGCAGAACGUGGCAAUCACUGGACCAGCAGUACCGUACUCCAGAGACUACAAGAGAAAGUAUGAGUUCUUCAGAAGGAAGCUGAAGAAGCAGACUGACAUUCCAAACAAAUUUGAAAUGAAGCUUCGCCGUGCAAACAUUCUGGAGGAUUCUUACCGGAGGAUUAUGGGGGUGAAGAGAGCUGACUUGCUCAAGGCCCGCCUCUGGAUUGAGUUUGAUGGUGAAAAAGGCCUUGACUACGGAGGGGUUGCCAGAGAGUGGUUCUUCCUCAUCUCCAAGGAAAUGUUCAACCCUUACUACGGCCUAUUCGAAUAUUCUGCUACGGAUAAUUACACCCUACAGAUAAAUCCUAACUCGGGCUUGUGUAAUGAAGAUCACCUCUCAUACUUCAAGUUCAUUGGUCGUGUGGCUGGGAUGGCGGUUUACCACGGCAAGCUGCUGGAUGGGUUUUUCAUCCGCCCGUUCUACAAGAUGAUGCUUCAGAAACUGAUAACCCUGCACGACAUGGAGUCCGUGGAUAGUGAAUAUUAUAGUUCUCUGCGAUGGAUUCUUGAAAAUGACCCGACAGAGCUGGACCUGAGAUUUAUCAUAGAUGAAGAACUUUUUGGACAGACACAUCAGCACGAACUGAAAACCGGGGGAUCGGAGAUCGUUGUCACCAAUAAGAACAAAAAGGAGUAUAUCUACCUUGUAAUACAAUGGCGAUUUGUGAACCGUAUCCAGAAACAAAUGGCAGCUUUUAAAGAGGGAUUUUUUGAACUGAUACCACAGGAUCUCAUCAAGAUAUUUGAUGAAAAUGAACUAGAGCUUCUCAUGUGUGGUCUGGGAGAUGUGGACGUGAACGACUGGCGGGAACAUACAAAAUACAAAAAUGGCUACAGCAUGAACCACCAGGUCAUCCACUGGUUCUGGAAGGCUGUUUGGAUGAUGGAUUCAGAAAAAAGAAUACGCUUACUUCAGUUUGUCACUGGCACAUCCCGUGUGCCGAUGAAUGGGUUUGCUGAACUCUACGGCUCGAAUGGACCACAGUCCUUCACAGUGGAACAGUGGGGCACCCCUGAUAAGCUGCCAAGAGCACACACCUGCUUCAAUCGCCUGGACCUGCCACCCUAUGAAUCCUUUGACGAACUCUGGGAUAAACUUCAGAUGGCGAUUGAGAACACGCAGGGCUUUGAUGGCGUUGAUUAGAUUACAAGGAACAAGCUGUGGUGUACAAGACACCAUAGUUUCUAAGCAAAAGCAAAAACAAAAUCACAUUUUAACAUUUUCCAGAUAAUUUCUAAAAGAUGGUCACUGGCUCUUCCCACCGAGACCAGAGGACAGUUUAUCCCUGAUUUUAGCCACCACCAUGCUGAUCUGUUCACUUGUCCAGUUACUUUGUCCAAUUGUUGGGGUUCAUGUGUACGACAGGAUGUAAGUCCUGUAUGCCUGAGUUCUGAUCAUAUCUCAUCUUGCUAGGCACAUCCUUCUGAAACUACUGAGAUUCCAACUGUGAAAUAUCUGUAAUGAGUAGCUGGUGGGAAAAAUUUGAUGCUUUUUUAAGAUGAAAUUUGGACAAAGAAAGUCUUUAAUGAUUAGUAUACUGCGACAUACUUAGUAUCACAUGUCGCUACUUAUUCUGUAGACCUGCCUAGUGUACCUUAUCGCCUAGAACCUUGAAGCCGCUUUGGAAGAUGUAUCACACGUGUUUUUAGUCACUUAAGUCACUUGUGUUUAAAAAAACAAAAAAAAACAAAAAAACAAACAAAAAAAAAACCUGUACUCUUCACUUGGGAAGUAUUUCACGUUUGUUAGCAUGCAGCCUGAGCCUUCCAGGCGACUCUGGAGAUGAGUGGAGCAAGCUUUUAUUGCAGUAGUGAGCCUUAGGCCUCCUUUUUGCCUGUGCAUCCUAAGGCUAGAGUCAUUAUGUGUUAGUGCACUAGAAUUCCUUCAGACACGAAACAAGCUCCACAACGCAGUGUUUCUAAGCAUGCCGUGAAGAACCGAGUUACAUGUAUGACUUGCCCUUACCAGCCACUCUUCACGCUUGCAGUCACGUAGUACAUACGUGUUUACGGAGUUCAUUAUGUUUACAGAUUAAGCGAAUUUCUGUAGUUGCAUUUUUAUAUUUUUAGUAUCACAUUAGUAUAAAAAUUUGUUUAAAAUAACCAAAGAGUAGUUCAAUGCAUAAUUUGUAUGAAUUUGUUACCAGGUUUCUUAUGCUUUCUAAAAAAUACUGUUUCCUAUGAAAAUUAUGUUUUAUCAAAAGUCAAGAACCCUUGGGGCAAAAUGCUACAGGUGGAGUCCCACCAUAACCACAUUGUGGCGCAGGAAGAGGUUCCAUACGUGAAUCUGCACACAUAAACAGUGCUGGCUAGCUGUGUACAGGGCCCUUUGGGUGAAAUCCAGCUCCGUUUUUAUCCUCAAGCUUAGAAAUGUGUAGGUGACUUUACGAACAGUGGAAAGUAGGAGUUAGCAGAAUAAGGCAGAAGGACAGGAAAGCGAGGUCCUAGUCCGACUGCGAGGUCAUAUCUGCCAAGGCUCCUUCUAGUCAUCUUACACUGGUGAUUAUACGGAAAACGCUCUUACAUAUGAGAAAGGCAAUGUGGCAUGUAAUAAGUUAGGGUAAGCUUGUGUUAUAAACCUUCCAGAAUGCUUCUAAGUAGCCUGUGGGAGCUGUAAGAAAUACUUGGGGCCAUUGAUUUAAGCUUGUUGGCUCUAACAUGACUAGUACCUGUCAGCCCAUGGUAGGGAUUUCAGUGACUGUAGUGGAAACGCUUUCCAUAGACCACACCAUUGUUGAUCGGGGAAAGACACCCCCCAGGCCAGUGCAUGCUUCCAGAGUGUCCUGGUCAGAGUCAGCCAGGCAUGGCUACCGUCCAGUGUUGAUAAAAUCAUUGGCCAGCUGAACCUGCAGCACGAGGCACCAGUUUCCCCAUCUGGCAGAUGUGAAUAGCUGUGCCCACUCAUUCUGUCUCUCAAGGCUAUGGUAAGUUCUUUUAAGAGGUACUUUACUGCAAGCCACCAGAGUCUGAGUCACCUGUCCCCCCCCUCCCCCUCCCAGUAAGCAUGUUCACCUAAAAUAAAGUGAUUUAGAGUAGGCGAGAAUGAUCCCUACUAUGUGCUGGAUUAUGUGUGUGUUCAUGUAAGAAUCUCAGUGUCAAAGUUCACUUCCUCCAUAGUGGCAAAGUAACACUAAUAUGGGCCGUGUGUUAUCUGGAGUGCCCCCAUUGUGUGGAACUAAGGGUGAAAACAGAACUGUACACGGUUGUUCAGUGUCACCCCCAGAACUCAUCCCCAGCAGGGCUUAGAAACACAAGCUUCCUCCUUCACACCUGUUUCCCUUUGGAUGAUUCAGUGUCGUCACUAUAGAACCUGGCGUCACAGAGACCAGGCGUGUCCCCAUCCCUACCCCAGGCGUGUAGUAACGGUCUGGAGGGACCCUGGCUGGAACACCACAGCCCCCCAUGCCAGUGCAUGAGAACAUCUCGUUAACAUUCUACCACUGGGGCAUUGUGGAGCCACUUUCACGAAGGCCUUGUACUUCUCUAGGAAAGUGUUUUAGCCUUCUUUUUCUCUAGUCCCCACCCCAACAAAUGAAACACAAAAUUGCAUUACAAAAGCAAACCCAAAUGGUAUUUGUUUUCGAUUUUAUUUAUGCCGCUCAAGUUAUUCCUUAUAUGUAUCAAGUUAAACUCAAUUGGUUUUAAUGAUAAGCUAUUUGACAUUGUUUUUAAAUUUUUUCUUAUAUGGUAAAUGUAUAUCCAGAUUAAGGUAUCGAAAUUUAUUGCAUAAACUAUAAAAUCAUUUUCAAAAUCUCAAUUCCACAAAUAAAGUUCUAUUCUGAUUUUAAA